GCUGCAACUUCUGCACCAAAGACGCCUCCUCGAGCACUGCCUUCUCCACCCUCAUCCUUGAUCAGUCAGUGGCCAGCUCCAGUUUGUACAGCAACAGAAAAGAAAAUAUUGACAAUGCUUGAAGAGGUCAAGAUGUUUCAAGCGGAGAACAGGGCAAUGCUCAUCAGCAUCUGUAGAAAGCUUGACAACUAUGUGCAGGGGAAUACAGCUUCAACCAGUGGUCUUCCAGAGGAGGUGGUUCUUCCUUUAAAGUUGGUGAAGGACAUGCGAGACCUUGAAACUACCCUAAACAACUUUGAGAAGGAGAAACAAUUGGUGACAUACUUAUCCAACAUCGGGGGAGACAGUCUAAAGAGCAUCGUACGAAGAAUCCUUACAUGUGUCAUCAGCAACGACCUAGCACGACAGUAUAACUGGGUUGGCAAAGGAACAAAGGAAGCUUUUUGCAAGCUGAGGCUUGUCACUGUCAUACACAGAGCUGUUCGAAGAAACCCAUCCGUGCAGUCGGCCACAAACGCCGAAAUUGACGAGGUGAUGAAAGUGUGGCUCCGCUACUCGAAAGACCGAGAUGGUGGCAGGGCAGCAAGACGAGCAGCAGCCGCAGCCGCAGCUGUAGCUGAGCCUGCAGCAAGCCAGAGUCCUUCCAAUCUUGAUGAACUAUCCACAGAGGAAUACAGCAGCAGUGACAGGGAAUGAAGGUUGUUCAAUAGUGUUUCAUAAAAAGAGGUAUUCUUGAUUUUAACAGUUAAUAUGACAAGACCUAUUCAAAAGCCUUUGGUAAAAA